GUUUUUGUUGAAGUUUGUGCGGUCUCUGGUGCGGUCUGCGACCGGACGAAACUUUCGAAAGCUUCCCCUUUUAUUUGCUCGUCAGUAACUGGUGUACCACAGAUAAUCCAGUUUACCCCACCAACCCCGAAAUAUUCAUUGGCUCUUAUCAGAAUUUUUAAUUUUUUUCCCUGAACAUUCUCCAAUUAGUUCUUUUACUACCAUGACCUCGGGAAAUGAUACAGUUGGUGAGAAACCUAUCUUUACUUGCCGUGCUCAUGUUUUUCACAUUGAUCCCAAAACAAAAAGAUCGUGGAUAUCGGCCUCUGCCUCUGCAGUCAAUGUGUCUUUCUUUUAUGACUCAAGUCGGAACCUCUAUCGAAUCAUCAGUGUGGAAGGACCAAAAGCGGUCAUCAAUAGCACCAUUACGCCCAACAUGACAUUUACCAAAACAUCUCAGAAAUUUGGUCAGUGGUCGGAUGUUAGAGCUAACACUGUUUAUGGACUCGGAUUCUCAUCAGAAAACGAACUAAACAGGUUCAUUGAGAAAUUUCACGAAUUAAAAGAAACGACAAGAUUGGCAGCUGCUAAAAUCACAGCUAAUGGAAAUGGAAAUGACUCAGGUACAACUCCGGUCACGAGUGCAAAUGCAAGUCCGAUCACAACAAGAACGUCCGGCACAGAUUCAGUGACAAUGCAGCAGCAGUGCCUCAUUGAUCCACCCAACAUGCAGUCAAACGCUAGUCCAUCGUUACCUAUGAUGGAAGAUCCCAAUGACCCAACAAGAAAUAAUUUGCACCAGAGAAGUCAGUCUUUAUCGGGAGUUCAGGGAAGCGAAAGUCCCAAACACCAGGUGAGCGAAACAAAGCCUCCCAUCAUGACAGCCACUUCAAAUGAAUCUCGACUGAAGUACGAAAACGACCAACUUAAAUUAGCUUUGGCUCACAGCUCUGCCAAUGCUAAAAAAUGGGAAGUAGAACUAGCAACUUUAAAAAGUAAUAACCUAAGGCUGACAAGUGCUUUACAAGAGAGUACAGCAAACGUAGAUGAAUGGAAGAAACAGUUGCAGGCAUAUAAAGAAGAAAAUACCCGUUUAAAAACUAAAUUUAUUGAAUUAGAAGCUUCAAAAGGUGGAACUGAAGCUGCGGUUGAACUUCGGAAAACACUAGCAACAUUACGAUUGCGUUGUGAAUCGAUGGACAUAGACAUUAAAUCUAAAGAAGAUGAAAUCAAAAGGCUUAACGCGCAGAAACAACCAACUGAUGAUCGCUUGAAGAUGAUUACCCAAGAGAAUGCAGAGCUCCAAGCUGCUGUGAGCCUAGGUCAAGCGCAAUUAGAAACGGCUCUGGAGGCACAAGAGUCACAGAGACGUGUUUUGGAGACACUGAAUAAUCAGUUAGCUCACCAAAUUCAAGAACUCAUGACGAUUCAUAAAGAAAUGCUCACUGCUCUUCAAACAUGAGGUACAACAGAGUGGCUGUAAAUACUAAUGUAAUAUCAAUGCCACUCUGUCUUGCUAUUUGUUUUGUUUCGUUUUUUUUUUUUUUUUUUUUUUUUUGUUCUAUAAAUUGUAAAAUAUUUUUAAGUUAAUCUGAUGCUUAACCAUUAGGUUAGAAAUGUUUAGCAAUUUAGUCACGCAAUUCUAGCCCUCAGUCUCAAGUAUUCAAUUCAAAAUUGGAACAUUAAUUUACCUAAUAUCUGCUAACACUCCUUGUACUUUCAAUUUUAAUGGAUUGAUUGUUAAAACAAUGUUACUAAUUCCAAUUUUGAACAUUAUUAUUUCACCAAAUAUCUAAAAAUAUUUAUUGUCCCUUCAAGCUAAAUGGAUUCAUUGUUAAAAGUCAGGGGUGCAGGACUUUUUCCCUGUAUAUUUUUUCAGGAUCCUGUGGGGCGCAAAAAAUUAAAAAUAUCUUUCAAAACUACGAAUUGGAGAAUGCUCAAGGAAAAUGGCCAAAACUUAAAAAACUUCCCAAAAAUCCUAUACAAACUGAAAGUUUUAUAUGAAUGGCUGAGAGUUUCUUAGUUUUUCCUGUCUCUCCAAGUAUGACCCAUGAAGUCAGUUUACUGUAUUCUCUUAUAAUCAAUUUUGACUUCCAAGCUCCUAUGAAUUUGACACAUUCAUUAAAAGCAGCACUUAAAUGCACUUAGCAGCAGUGUUAAUUUGAAAAUUAAUCCUUCAAUGAGAAAUGAAAUCCUUUCAUAUAAUACAAUCGGCAGUGAAAGUUUGAUGCAGUCAAAACAAAAAAAGAAACAAAAAAAACCUCAAAACUUUAUUUUGAUUUUACUCAUUGUUUGUUAGUUGUACAUCUAAAGUUUUUUUCUUUUUUUUUUUCUUAAAUUAGACAACCUUCACAAAAUACUCCUCUAUUUUGAAUUGAGUGUCAGAAAUAUUUUCUGUAUCAGAGGGGACUGAAAUAAUAAGUACUCCAACUCCACAAAUUUGGACAUGAUAAGCAUUAUUUUUACAGACUCAGAAAAUUUGGAAUGAGCACUCAGUGUCGGAAAAACUUCUUGACCAAGCGACCAGGCGUCCUAAUCGGUCGCAUGUGGAAAUAGGACAGCCCCUAAGUAUGGGGUUUAUAAAUUGAAAAGCUCUCAAAUCGCGAUUAAAAGCACAUGUUUUUAACAAAAUCACAAUCGAUCCAUAGAAAAGUCAUCUUUUUUAAUUUUCUGAAGAAACAGGAGUUCUCAUGAUGGGAAGGCUAAAAACUUUAUGCACCCCUGUGUGCACUCAUGCUGAGUCUUCUCAAGAGGUUGCGUAUAUGUAUUUUCUAACAAUAAUGGGGUAACCAUUGUAGCAAGGUAUUGCGAAAGUGCAAAAUGAGGACUGAAGGAUUACUUAUCUGCAAUAAUAAUGCAGCUGUGUUGAUUCUUUUGUUGACCGAAAGUAUUCAAAUGAAAUCAGUGAGUGCAUCAUGACUAAUUUCAGGUGUGACUAAAAGAGCAAAUCGCUGCUAGGGUUUUAAACGAAAUACAAUUUGAAAAAAAAAAAAACAUGUUUGUAUCUUAUUGUUAGUGUCUUAUGAGGCUAAAAAAAGGGAAUUGUAAACACUAAUCUUUUUCAUAAGUUGAUUCCCUGACUUCCUGUCGUGUGAUUCGUUUUCCUUGACAGAAAUGUUCCAGAAAUGUUGAAGAGAAAACAUGCUGCAUAGUGUUUUAAUUCAUACCUUGUGCAGAGGACCAUUGUUUCUAUUUGUCAGGAAGACUUGAGAAAGUAAGACAUUUUUUUCUUGCGAUUUUAAGACACUCUAACUCGCCCUUGUAAGUUCAUCCAUCAAGAGAAAAAACUUAGCUUGAUGGAAGUUUAAUUCCUUUGGCAUUAGAAGCUGCUCAGAAGCCGAAUUAGUUGCUACGGACCAGCUGGCCUUAGUCAUUAUUCAGAUCACUAAGCUCUCUCCAGUAAUGUGUCAUUGUUUAAUUCGGACUUUGUUCAUUUAUUUGUUCACAUUUUUCCCUUAAUUUUCUCUAUGCACAUCAUACUGUCUUACCAAGAAUGUUUUUUGCUGAUAACUGUCCAUUACAACCUAUGAAUUUCAUCCACUGGGCCCCAAUCCUGUUGGUUUACGGUCGACCGCAAGUUAAGAAACUUAACCUUUAAAUUUGACUUUAAGCCGCAAUAAUUAUAUUCUAAACUCAAUCUGUCAGCAAGUUGAGCUUUUUUUACAGCAGAGUCGAGCAAUCCUUAGUUUCUCAAUGGUACAAACUAUUAAUCAGCGGUCGAAUAACAAAGUCAACAUCCUUCAUGGUGUCUAUAAGUCCGGAAAUAGUACUGAUUUUUAACGGGUGGUCCGGAAGUGCUGAAAAAGUGCGGAAUUUCGUAAGAAGGUCUGGAAUUUUUUAAUUUUGUUGUCAUUAUUGUCACAAUUUGAUCAGGAAAUUCAUUUUUGCCGAAUUUUGUCAAUUGAAGGUACUGAAAAAGUACUGAAUUUUUCUGUUGAGGAGGUUCUGAAUUUCUUGGGAAAGUACUGUAAAAGUACUGAUUUUUGGUCAGCCUGUUUUAGUGGACACCCUGUCCUUGCCUCAACUUACAGCCGACCGCAACUCUGCCAACAAGAUUCGGGCCCUGAUCUUUAUGUCUCUGAAGUAGUUGCUUUGUGAAUUUCUAUACACCUAAGUGACUUGUGAUGCCAAAUCACCAGUUGUUUUGUUAUUGAAUCUUUGUUGCUAAAGUUCUAGUAAUAGAGUAGGUUUUAGUGCUUUUUGUCUCUGAUGCCAUGAUGUGUUUUCCAUUCUCUAUCCAGUUUUUCGAUAUGAGCAUAAUUAUUUUAUCAUUAUCAUCUGCUUGGAAAACAGUUUUGAGAAAAUUCUUCUCAACGCCCUAUUACUGCAGUCGGCCUAAUUGCCAAUAUUUUAAAGUUGAAUCCUCAUUUUUUAUUUCAUGCGUAGUAAGUCUGUAUCACUUCAUCUUUUUAAAAUUUUAGUAUCUAUUUAUUUUUUAAAAUUACAACCCUCCAUUUUGUCGGAUUGCCAUCAAAAAAAGUCAAGUCUGUUAGUAGGGUACUUUUUUUCCUAUAUUAUCUUUCUCUCUUUUUCUUUUAUUUUUCAAUUUAGUGCACUGACAGAGUUGAAGACAUGAAAUCGACUGGUUCCUCAACUAGAAUAGAUAAGAAGGAAAAGGAAAGACUUUCAAAGAUACAAAUUAUUUUACUUUCUACUUUGGAAGUGUUACUCGUCGCAAGGUAUGCACACUUGUCUCUGCUUCCUUUUUCUUCUCAAAAAUAUUCUUCUUGUGCUCAAUUUUUCUUUAUCAAAAGUUUUCUCAGCCAUCAUUAUGAAGAAUUUUGAAAAAUGUGACUUUUUGGAAGAGCUCUGAGAAUUCGUAAGCAAUCCUAAAAUGAAUGGUAGAACUGCUCCCUUUUCAAUGCGAUUACAAUAAAUCAAACUGACGAAGGUCAGAGAAUUUUUUAUGAAGUUUGGAGACAUUUUUCACUUAAAUUCUGAAAGAGAAUUUUCCCAGCCUAUUUGGUUGUCGGUUGUUUUUUGUAAUAUGUGAUUCAUCCAUCUUGCCGUUAUGCACUUCGAA